UAAUAAUAAUUUGCGAGGGCAUUGCUUGAGGUUUUAAAUGCGGCGAUCAAGCCAGACGCUAACUUUUCACACGUGGCGCCUCGAGCUUCCGCCACCUGGCCAUUAACCGCCACCGCGAGAACCUCCUCCAGCCUUCACUACCUUUUCUAAAGUUUAAAAGCCCCCAGCCUCAACCAAGGCCUAUAAAAGGCCCCGCUCCGGUCCCUAACCCAACCAUCGGUUUCUUUUCAACCCGUCGCAAAUUUUACGAAGACGACCCUACAAAAAAAAACCCGGCCAUGUAUUUCCGACCACCGUAUAAGGGCGGCGAUGUGGAAACCGGCGGUGCCCGGCCGCUGUAUCCAUCGAUGGUGGAAAGCCCAGAGCUGAGAUGGGCUUUCAUACGGAAAAUCUACGGUAUUCUCACCGCCCAGAUGCUGGUCACCGUCGGCAUGGCUUCAGUUGUGGUUUUCGUGGACCCGGUCCAUGAUUUCUUUGCUACGACCACUGCUGGCCUCGGGGUUUAUGUUCUUCUCAUCAUCGUCCCCUUCAUUGUUUUGUGUCCUCUGUAUUACUAUUAUCAGUCUUAUCCGGUGAAUUAUUUGCUGCUCGGGGUUUUCACUUUGUGCAUUGGAUUUGCAGUUGGAUUAACGUGUGCGUUUACUAAAGGGAAGGUGAUUCUGGAGUCAGCAAUCCUCACAAGUGUUGUAGUGAUUAGCUUAACUCUAUACACAUUCUGGGCAGCGAGGCGGGGCCAUGAUUUUAGCUUUCUUGGCCCUUUUCUUUUCGCCGGUCUAAUGAUCAUAUUAGUUUUUGCCUUGAUUCAGCUGUUUUUUCCAAUGGGCAGGCUCGCCUACACGAUAUAUGGAGGUGUUGCUGCGCUCUUAUUUUGUGGAUACAUUAUUUAUGAUACCGAUAACUUGAUUAAGAGGUAUUCUUAUGAUGAGUAUAUAUGGGCUGCUGUUGCUCUGUAUCUUGAUAUUAUUAACCUCUUCCUUUCUUUGCUUACUCUCUUUAAAGGUAUUGAGAGUUAGGAUAAAUGAAUGUAAUUAUGUAUCAGAUGAUUGUUGUACAUAGAUGAACGCUGCAAGUAGAAAUGUAGGUGUUUCAGCGGGUAA